GGGAGCUUCAAUACUUGUACUAUAUAAUGGUGAGGAGAGACUAAUGAGAAUGAGAGGGCUUAGACAUUAGCCUAAAAAGUCCCGUGGUUUUCUCCCUUUCGGGUUUCCACGUAAAAACUGAGUGUUCAUACAUAUAUAUUUACUAUAUCGUGUUGGAUUAAACUCAACACUGAGACUGUCUGGGGGAAUCUGUCCAAAAAGAUUCAUGUGUUCUACACAAAUUUCAUACGAAAAUGCACUGAUUUCAACAAAAAAAGAAGAAAAGUUCCCGAACUGUGGUCUUGGGGAGCUCCGGAUCUGAGGCGGUAAUAUGGCUACCAGCAGUACCUGCCCAAUCGACCAAGAAAGAAAGAAAGAAGGAAGCGGAAGAAGCGGAGAAGCUAUGAAAUCUGGGAGGUCCAAAUCUGGAUUUUUUCCAGAUCUGCCCUUGAGGUCGCCGGAGCCGCCGUCACCGCCCUCGCCGGCAUGGAACCUCCUGCGAGUGCUGCGACACCGGAGGAAGCUCGCUGCAACAUCCCAGCUGUGUCUGACGGCCUCCUCCGAGCCGCACACCACCGUUCAUCCUCAGCAGCCAGCUGUUUGUCGCUCAUCCACCUCGUUGCUGACGCGACCUGGAAGAAUCUCCGCCAUUAAUGGCGAUGGCCAGUUCUUGCCGUUCGGCCUCGGGUCAGCGGACGUGUUACGGCUAUCUUCCCAAAGAUAUGGAGUGUUACGCAGGUCAGUUUCACUUAGUCCUAAGCAGACCACGUCUGCAAGAUUAGGCCAAAAGGUGGGCAAUCAAUGUCCUUGGAGGAAUUUUGACCCAAGUCAAAAUCGUUGAAUGCUAGAUGAACGCACGGCUCUUAGAAUAAAGCAACCAGCCGGAUCCUUCCUUCUCCAAAUGGAGUCUUUGGUGGCCUUUUUUCAACGAGCUAUGAAGUCCAGCCCAUCAGGAGCUAAGUGUCACUUAAAUCCUCAUCAUUUAUUAAUUAGAGUACUAAUUAGGAUAAUGAUAUUGUUUUGUUGGAACUUUUAUCACCAUUAUUUAUUAGGGACUAAAAUAUCCCGAAAUUAAAUAGUGCUGAGCGACGCUCUUGUGAUAAUUAGUUUUUACCGUCAUUUUAACUAAUGAUUGGUUGUUAUGGGCCCGUCGGCCCGCUCCUGAUCGGCUUUAAUUAGCAAGCGGAGCAUACUUGAAUGGCCUUUGAUAGGAAAGUAUCAUUGCUAUUACCGGUUAUAUCACUAUUAUUUAUUAGGGAUAAAUGUCCCGAAUUAAAUAAUGCUGAGCGAGGCUCAAGUGAUGGUUAGUUCAGCUAACAUUUUAUUAAGUAUUUAAUUUCUGGUGGCCCCGAUGGCCCACUCUCGAUCAGCUUGAUUAGCGAUCUGAGCGUCUCCAGAGGGUAGUGCCCCGAUGACGCGUUUUAAUUUGGGGGGUUACGCAUUAGUCCGCACGACACCGACUGCUCGAGCGACGAUCGUACCCUAGUACCAUCUACGCCAUUAGGCGCGAAGUGACUAUUGCCAAACGCGGCCUGUGGGGCCCGAAGGCACCAAAGCGCUCGACCUCCUUUUUCCGAGGGCAGUGCGACUAACUUGGGUCUGAGUUGAAAACUCACAGACCGGUGAAUAUUUCUAUGAGACGUUCGGCGGGCUGCUAAUUGGCCCCGCCGCGAGCUACUAUGUCCAUUAACCCCGCACGCUGAGCCGGGCCGAGGGUCACGGUAACCCAUAGGCCGGUAAUCGUGGGUGUUAGAAAGAAAGCCAUGCAGAUGGUUAUGUGUGUGUACAUAUUGUCGGGCCGUGCGGCCCGUUACCAUGCUUAUUGCGCAGCUGGAGCCGCUCGACGCGCUCGAGCGAAAUGAUUAAAAGACGAUCGGCCUAAGUCUCAAAGACGUUUAGGGCCAGCUAAAGCGGAGACCAUCACGGCUGAGAGCCGAUGGACGAACAUCCCCACCCAGAGGUCGAGAGCCUAGAGGAGACCACCACGGUUGAGAACCGUGGGACGAGCAUCUCCACCCCAGAGACCGAUGGCCUAGGAAGAACACCUAGAGGCCGAGGUCUAGAGGCGAAUGCCAUGACAAAGAACCGUGAGACGAUCAUCCAUCAUUCAGGGGUCGAGGGCCUAGAGGAGACCAUCACGGCCGAGGGCCGUGAGACCAUCCUUACAUCAGGUCGGCCUCCCAUUGCCGACACUAUGAUAUCACGACCGGCCUCUCGGCACGGCGUGUGUUCCAUACUUGAAGACCGGUCUCGUCCCCGCUCCUCGCGGACGAGGACCGUUGCUUGAUUUUCUCAGGUCGGCCUCUCAUUGCCGACACCAUUAAACCACGACCGGCCUCUCGGUUCGGCGUGCUUAUCUUUUGAAGACCGGCCUCGUCCCCGCCCUCGCGGACGAGGACCGUUGCUUGAUUUUCUCAGGUCGGCCUCUCAUUGCCGACACCAUUAAACCACGACCGGCCUCUCGGUUCGGCGUGCUUAUCUUUUGAAGACCGGCCUCGUCCCCGCCCUCGCGGACGAGGACCGUUGCUUGAUUUUCUCAGAUCGGCCUCUCAUUGCCGACACUGUCAUAUCAUGUUCGGCCCCCCCGGCCCGGUGUGCUUGUCUUUUGAAGACCGGCCUCGUCCCCGCCACCUCGCGGACGAGGACCGUUGUUUGAUUCUUUCAGGUCGGCCUCUCACUGUCGACACUAUCAUAUUAUGUUCGGCCUCUCGGCACGACAUAUUUAUCUUUUGAAGACCGGUUUCAUCCCCGCGUUGCGUUGGAUGAGAGCCGUUGCUCGGAUAUAUCGGCCUGACCAGACACUAUUGCCAUCUCCAUUAUCAGGACCGACUGCUCAGCGACAUUAUGAUCAUUGUAUAUCGGCUCCCAAUGCCGACCUUUCUUGAGUUAGCGAUCGGGCUCACCCCUCCCUUCAGGAGGGUGACCAUCGCCUUAGCAUGACGACCAGCAUUUCCAUUGCCUCGUCAUUCUAUUCAUUUUGAUAUCCCACCACCAUUAUGUGUGACAUCACUUGUGGUCAUUCUUAGAACCGAUGAACGUAUUUUCCUCCCUCAAAAAAAAAAAAAGAUGGGGAGAAGGGGAGACGAGAUCCUAUGAGAGAGGGAGUCUUGACGAGGUAUGCCUGAUCUUCCUUCGCCGCGUAUGACGCACGUCUCCCGACGCGGAGGCUAGUAGGAACGUGGGGGGGGGGGGGGGGGGGGGGCUAGACGUACCAAAGGGAACCUCGGCAAGAUAAACCAGUUCCUCCCAUGACCCGUGGUUCGACGAACACCUUCUGCCAGAGCAGAAGGCUAGUAGGGCCACGAGCAUGGGACGACGAAGCAGGGAAUCCCGACGUGGAUAAACCGGUUCCUCCUUGCGAUCGUUGGAUGACCGAACGUCUUCUUCGAAGUAAGAAGAUUAGUAGGACCACGACAGGGACGAACGAAGAAUAGGGAAUCCCGACGUGGAUAAACCUGUUCCUCCUUGCGAUCGUUGGAUGACCGAACGUCUUCUUCGAAGUAAGAAGAUUAGUAGGACCACGACAGGGACGAACGAAGAAUAGGGAAUCCCGACGUGGAUAAACCUGUUCCUCCUUGCGAUCGUUGGAUGACCGAACGUCUUCUUCGAAGUAAGAAGAUUAGUAGGACCACGACAGGGACGAACGAAGAAUAGGGAAUCCCGACGUGGAUAAACCUGUUCCUCCUUGCGAUCGUUGGAUGACCGAACGUCUUCUUCGAAGUAAGAAGAUUAGUAGGACCACGACAGGGACGAACGAAGAAUAGGGAAUCCCGACGUGGGUAAACCUGUUUUUUCUCAUAGUUGGGAUGACGAACGUCUCCUGCGAAACCAGGAGACCAGUACUCACGAGACUUGGGAAGAACGAAGAACCAGUUCUUUACCGAAGUCUGUGCCUGCCGAGUGUACACUGCUUAGCGGUCCGUACAUAGGACCACAGAUACGGUAGACGAACGAAGACCAGCUCCAUGGAUCAGACACGAUGGACCAGUUCUUUACCGGAGUCUGUGCGUGCCGAGUGUACACUGCUUAGCGGUCCGUACAUAGGACCACGGAUACGGUAGACGAACGAAGACUAGCUCCUCAGGCCAGAUAGGAGGGACAUCACCCAGAUUUAUUUCAGGCUCACCAUUCCUUCCCGGAUGGAGUCCUGGCAGACGAUCGGCUUCUCACAGCCAAUCAGGAGAGAGACUUGACACAUCACCAGCACGGCCGAGGGCCGCGAGACGAUUAUCACUCACCGACAGGCCGAGGGCCAUGAGAUGAUCAUCACUAUUUUUCUGUAUCACGAUCGGCCCUUCAGCGCCAUCGUGUCCAGAUUCACGGUUCAGCUCGCCCAUUCCCUUCCAGGAUGGCGACGACCGUCUUAUGCAGUACGAUCGGCCCCUCAGCGCCAUCGUACCCAGUUCACGGUUCAGCUCGCCCAUUCCCUCCCAGGAUGGCGAUGAACGUCUCAUAUGUAGCACGAUCAGCGCCUGCGUGCCAUCGUGUCUGGCUCAUGUUCGGCUCGCCCAUCCCUUCCAGGAUGACGACAAACAUCUCUUAUGCAGCACAAUCGGCCCUUCCGUGCCAUUGUGUCAAGUUCAUCUCCGGAUCGCCCAUUCCUUCUAGGAUGGCGAUGACCGUCUUAUGCAGCACGUCUGCCUCUCAGCGCUGACAUGCCCGGUUUAUCGAUGAGAGCCACCGCUUUCUAUCACAUCUCACAUUCCUUCUCUCAUACAUUGCACCCAUACAUUACAUGCAUUCAUGCAUUCAUGCAUCAUACAUUCAUACAUACACACGUGCAUCAUGUUUUGACAGUACCGCGACGUCGGUUUAUAGAUGCAUGGACCUCUAAGCUUCUCCGAUUGGAAAGCUCGAGUCAGAGUCCUUUACUCCCGCCUGAUGCAUUCAGGGGGAGUGUGCCCGUGGAGGAGCACCUUUCGCCCGACCCCGUCGGGAAGGGGGGGGUGCCUCACCAGCAGAUUACGUUCAGGAGUGCAGACACCCACUCAUAUAUUAUGAUUAUUCGAAGACACAGUUUCCAGCAAGACAGAGGAAGAGCGCAGGCAAGAGUAUACUUUCUCGAGCAGAUUCGCACGCUCACUACUCAAGAAACUGGGGGACUUGUGUUGGGAUAUAUUAUCCCGGCCUAUUACUGUUCAGGAGCCCAAGACAUUAUCCAGUACAGAGCCUGAGCAGCUAGGCCCAUUUCGGCCCAUUAGGCCCAAUAUUGGCCCGUUUGGCCCAUUAGGGUGGAGAGCACCCUUUCCCCUUUGUCUAUAAAUAGGGAGCUUAGCCUCCAUGUAAAGGAUCUUUUUCUUCUUCCCCUUCUCACUAGAAUAGCUUAGAACUCCAUUAAUGGGAGCUUCAAUACUUGUACUAUGUAAUGGUGAGGAGAGACUAAUGAGAAUGAGAGAGCUUGGACAUUAGCCUAAAAAGUCCCGUGGUUUUCUCCCUUUCGGGUUUCCACGUAAAAACUGAGUGUUCAUACAUAUAUAUUUACUAUAUCGUGUUGGAUUAAACUCAACAGGUUGAUAAGCAGGGGAUGGCCAAAGGGGGCCUAUGAUUCUUUUUCAUUAAUUUUCAUUAAUUCUAUAAAUGUUUUCAAGCACAUCAGACUCCAUUAAGAUUUUAGGCCACAUAAAGGAUGGAAUAAUUAUGGAAUAAUUAAUUGAUUCAAACUAUUAUCUAUACUCCCUCCGUCCCUAAUAAAACUUCCAAAUAGGUUUGGCACACAGUUUAAGAUAGUGAGUAUUGUGUGGUGGAGAGUUGUGCAGAAGAGAGAGAAAUGUGUAAGAAUUGCUGUAAACUACAAAUUCUGACAAAAAAGGGAAAGCGGAAGUUUUAAUUGGGAUGGACGAAAAAGGAAAGUUGGAAGUUUAUUUAGGGAUGGAGGGAGUAUUAUUUAUUGGGUAAUAUUAAUCCCUAAUUGCAACUAUUUUGGUCGCACUCAUCUUUUUUCUUCGGUCCUAUUACGCUUAUUUACAUAUCAUAUUAGGUAAUAUUUAUCUAAUUUUAAUUCAUUCUUAUUUUAUCGCAAUAAAUGUGUGAUUUUCUUAUUUCUAAAAGAUACUAAGACAAUGUUAAUAUGUGUGUAUAAUUUUAUUUCUUAUUUAGUUCACCAUUAAAUAAGUAAGGGUUAACAUGUACUUAUUAUUAAUAACAAUUAUUAGCACAAUAGCACACCGUAUAAUUGAUUUCUUAAGAAGAUUCUCAGUUUGAGACUUUGAGUAAACAAUUGUGCAUGUAAUAUGAAUUACGGAGUAUCAUUUAUGAUUUUUUAUCCAAAUAUCGCCGAACCAAAUAUUAUGUAUACCAUAUUUAUACUAUAUAUGGUACGUCUAUGUUUAGGUUGCUUUUUUGAUAGGGUGUUUUCUCAAAACACGGGAAAAGUCAGCAUGUAGUGCAAAAACACGGGAAAAUUGUAGGGUUUUCUAAGAAAACGAAAUUCGGAUGAUGAUGUUCCGAAUAGAUUUAGGGUUAUGAGGGAGAGUAGGUUUAGCAGGCAUUCGGAAAGCAAAAUUCCAAAUUUAUUAAUUUAUUUUAUGUAUUUUUUAAGUAUUCGGAACAUGGUGUUCCAAAUAGAGGUUUUUUAAUUAUUUGAUGCACCAUUCGGAUGAUGCACUUCCAAAUCUAACUUUUUUAAUUUUUAUUUUACCUAUAGAAAUUAAAUUUGAUAUGUAUGAGUAACUAUUUUAAGUAGGGGUGGGAAAAACCGAACCGAAACCCGGAAACCGACCUAAAUUUUCUGCUUCAUCUCAUUUCUUGUUUUUCUUUAAGUCAUUUUAUUUAAUUAAUUUUUAUUAAUUAUUUUUCUUAGUUUUUCGAAACACACCCUACAGUAAUGACCAUUAAAUAUAUUUACAGCAACUCUAGUCACAUUUAUCUAUAAAUUUUAUUUCGUAAUAUUUUUAAGAAACCUAUAUUAUUUAUUUACAUGCAUCUUAAAUAAAAUAUUAAGAUAAUUAUCUUCUUUGGAUUUGAAUUGUUGGUGAUUUUGGAGACUUAUAUUGGUGUUAUUAUUUGCGAUUUAUAUUUUUGAUUAAUUUUGUUUGAAAAUAAGUGUUAAAGUAUAAAAGAGCAAUGAGAUAUUUCAAGUUCGGGCUUUAACUGAUCCAACCCGAACCCGGACCGAACCCGGGCUACCAAGAAUCCGACUCGGACCAAAUAUAAUGGGCUUUGUUCCGGUCCCUAAUUUUCAUAACCCGAGAUCUUCCGGGUAAUUUCCGGGUUUAACAAAACCCCGACCCAGACUUGUAACACCGUCCCCAAAUAUAUUUACUUUUGUGUAAAUAAUGUAUUGAACCUUAUUAAAGGAUUAAUGAAUUUACGAAGUUGUAAAUUUUUUAUUAUUUUUUUCGCGUGAAUAGUAAAUUGCACGUGGGACCCACACCGGGAGCGGGGGCCGCCCGACACUCCCGAGACCACAUAUUUUAUUCAUCUUGUUCAAGAUAAUAUUUAUAUAGUGGUGGAUAUUUUAUUUGGGGUCGUGGAAAGGCGCAGGGUUGACCGAUUGGGAAAAAGAGGCCCAAUUACCGGUACCGACAAUUUAACAGAUAACAGCCCGAAAAUGAAUUUCGGAGGCUUAUAAAUUAAAGUUGGGGAAUGUAUAUUCAUUAUACAUGUCAUAAUGAGUAAGAGCACAUAAUAUAUUUUAUUUGACCCGAUAAAAUAAAAUAUAUUUAAAACAGUCCGAAAAAUACAACUUUCGGGGCCGAUUGUACACAUCGGGACUUAAUGGGACGACCUCCCACAAGGGUGGGGGCCACCCCACGUUUUUGUGUGCUCACAAUAAACAAGGAGGUGGCUGAGUUGACAAAGGAAGGAGUGGAGGAGGUGCUUUUGGCAUCUAAGGUACAUGGAGGACCCCCCUCCCUCACUCAUUUGUCAAUUAAGACAAAAGUGAGACAUCCCCUCUCCCUCCAACCAUUGAGCUCGACCAAACCAUCCAAGGGAGAGAGAAGGAGCUUCAAAAUCACCUCCAUUGCUGCAAAUUUGAGCUCAAGCUUUAGUGCUCAAAGGAAGAAGAUUAAAGAGGGAAAAAGUUGGGAAAAGUGUGAACAAUUAAGGUAAUGACCUUAUAUUAACUUUUCCUUUAUUUGUCUUCCACCAUAUGAAGUAUAUAUCAUAUGAAGAACCUUUAGUAUGGUUCAAUAUGUUAUAAGUAUGGAUUUAUGGGGUGGAAGAUGGUUCUAAGUCCAAGAACGGACUUAGAAGCCAAAACGACCGGUUCACCGGAAAAUAACCUUUUUGAGGUUAUUUGUAUUAAUAUGGGUUUUAUGAUUAUAAAACCUUGUUAGGCACUUGUAAAGGGUAUUUCAAGUGAUUUCACAAAGUUGGAAAAAGUCGCCGGAGUUGUCGCCGGAGUUGACCAAGUCGCCGGAGUUUCACCGGAGUUCAACCAAGAAGGGUAGAACUUCUUAACGCUAGUUCAAGGUUGAAGCUAGGGCUUGCUACUUGCACCUUCUCACGGGUGGUAUCAUAUCGGGAAGACGUGGUUCGUGCUUCCUUAUUUUCUUUCAAACUACCGAACACUUGCUGCUCAUGGAUAUUUGUUUUACUAUAAACUAUUUUUGGGGCUUGCAUGCCCAUGUUGUUGGCCGGUUGUGGCUCAUGACUUACCGUUGAAUAUUUCCGCUAUUCAUUGGUUUAAAUGUGAUGUUGUUAUAUAUGUUUACUACUGAGUAUGGAUGGAUUGUUUUCUAGGACGCCUUGUGUAAUUAAGUGAGGUUGACUCGUGGGUGACGUCACUUGAUUAUACGGCGGUUGUACACGCGCUUGGGUUGCGGUCUGGGGCGUGACAAGACUGGACCGUUCCCACCCCUAAUUUUAAUAUGUACAAUUUAAAUUUGUAAUAUUGUAACCCAUACAAUUUAUUUGUUUUUGUAAUAUUUUUUAAACGCAACUCUUAUAAAA